GGUAUGCGCAGAGAACACGAAUGCCUGUAGCAUGCGUAAUGAGUUCAAACACUGAAUUGCUUAAGGAUGGCUAUUAAGAUUUAUAUUCGUGAAAAUAUGCAAGUUUCUUGGAUACCAAGAUGGAGUCUCUAUGCUGAUUAGUGAUUACCAAAAAUUAUGCUCACGGAAAUUAACGAAAAUGAUAGGAUCAGAUUUAUAUUCGUGAAAAUAUGCAAGUUUCUUGGAUAUCAAGAUGGAGUCUCUAUGCUGAUUAGUGAUUACCAAAAAUUAUGCUCACGGAACGAAAAUGAUAGGAUCAGACUCACUAGAAUAUUUACUUGAUCUGAUGUUAGCAUUUUUUGAAUAUAGAUGGGAAAUGUCCAGAAUAGUUUUACAAUUGAUCUGAUUUUAGAGUUUAUAGCCUGCAUGUUGAUCAGAUAAAGAUUCAACCUAGAUUAUAAACUACUCUACCACUGGCCAACUUACACACACUUAAUUAAUUGAUCCAUAUUUUGGGGGUGUUCAAUAAAUUGAAUCAAGAUUUUGUUACAAGUGAUAUUGAUCUGUUUUUUUUAUUGAAAUGAAGAUAUAUAAAUGAUGUGGAAUUAGAUUUGGUUUGUUUAAGUUUCUUAGAGCAUGGUAUUAAAUACCUAAUUGAAACUCUAAUUGGCAUUAGUGAAUAGUUGGAGGAUUAAAAAACGUAACUAGGAAAGGUCAGUUCAAUAUAUAAACAUCUAUGAUGGAAACUUAUUCCUAUUUCAAAUACAGAGGUGGGAGAAAAAGAUGAUAGUGAAAGAGAGAGGACAACGGCUGGGAAUAAUAUUGGAGUAUUAUUCUCUUGAAAGUUCAAGCAUAAAGUAUUAAUUUAACAGGUUAAUUAAUUAUGUAUUGAUCUUCAUAAAUUAUUUAUGACCUAAUGGGUAUAUUUUAUCAACUGCAAUUGAUUGUGUAUUAUAGCAUUAGUUAAGUAGGUUGAAAAGUUGAAAUUUUCAAUGCAAGCUACGAAUGGAUAAACAAGUCAGAUUCGAAUUACAUAAAAGUAAAUAAAGAAACUCUUAAUCCAUUGCAUAGUGUAAACACACUUUAGUAAAACUUUGAUCAAUAUUGGACUAGGUAAAAAAUUGUCCAAGAAAAUUUAUAAAUUCAUAGGUAUACGUUGGUUGUGUGAGUAGUAUUAAAAUUACUUACAUGAAAUAUGGAAGUGAAAAUAGUUAAUUACUCCUUAUUUAAAGAUUUUAAAUUUACCAAACUUCAUUAUUUAACUAUAUUAUUUUUUAUUAAAUAUGGAUAAAGAAAUUCUUACACCCUAUCUCCAGUCCUUCACCAAUGGCUAAGACUCCGCCACAUGUCAACUUCUGAUUGGCUAUGUUAUAGAUCGCCCAUACACAGCUUUAGCUCCUUUCUACUGCUCUCGUAACUCCAAUAGCAUCUACACUUCCAUUAGUCCCCCCCCCCCUCUCUAAACCAGAGAAAAAAAUUAGGAAAUUGAUCACGAGAUCAUGAGCAGCGACAGCUGGAGCCUAACGGCCAAGCCGUGCGACUCAUGCAAGGCGGUGCCAGCCACCGUAUUCUGCCACGCUGAUUCCGCCUUCCUCUGCGCUGCCUGUGAUGGUGAAAUCCACUCCCCCGCGAACAAGCCGGCUCGCCGUCACGCGCGUGUCUGCAUUUGUGACGUCUGCGAGCAGGCGCCAGCCACCGUCACCUGCAAGGCCGACGCUGCCUCGCUCUGCUCCACCUGCGAUGCCGACAUCCACUCUGCCAAUCCCCUCGCCCGCCGUCACGAGCGCUUCCCCGUCGUCCCCUUCUUCGAUACAGCCCCCGCCAGAUCCCCCAACUCCGCCGAGGAGGCGGCCGAGGCGGCAUCUUGGCUCCUGCCCGACCCGAAUAGCAAGCCCGUCGAUGAAUCCAAGUCGCCUGAGUUGAACAAAUCCACGGAGUAUUUAUUUGGCGAUAUGGAUCCGGACCCGUACCCGGAUCCGGACCUUGAUCUAAUAAUCAUGGAGCAGAAAACCGGUCGUGAUACUACUAUCGAAGGUAAGAAACAAUAUUCGGCGGAUGGAGUUGUGCCGGUUCAAACCGAGAGAGAAUUCGGGUCGGAUUUGUACCCGGGUCCAGUAGUGGAUGGGUACCCGACUUACGAUGUCGAGUACCCGGUUUUGAAGCCGUUUAUGUAUAACUUCACCUCACAAUCCAUUAGCCAAAGCGUGUCGUCUUCGUCCUUAGAAGUAGGGCUGGUGCCGGACCAUAACGCCAAUGCUGACGCACCCAAGGCCGAAGCUGUCCCCGCCCCCCUCUCGAGAAUCGAGAGGGAGGCGAGGGUGUUGAGGUACAAAGAGAAGAGGAAGAACCGAAGGUUUGAUAAGACGAUCCGGUACGCCUCUAGAAAAGCCUAUGCAGAGACAAGGCCGAGGAUCAAAGGGAGAUUUGCUAGGCGGCUGGAGCUUCAAGUCGAGGCCGAUGCAUCAUAUGGCGUUGUCCCGACGUUUUAGCCAUGUGCUAGUUGUGUGUGGCAAAAUGAUAUGGGUGCUAGUUGGACUUGUUGUUUGUGUACAUACUUGUAGGAGGGUGGUUGUUUGCUCAUCGAUGCAUUGUUUUCAGCUAUCGAUUUUGUAGGUUGUUUCAUUUUGGUGUGAUGUGAAUAAAAGUUCUAAUCUUUUCUAAUUAA